UUACAACAAUUAGAGAAGAACAAGCAUAAAAUUUGAAAAAAAAAUUUUUUGACAAAAUUUUAUUCACCACCUGUGGCUGGAAUAGGGAUAAGUGGACAAAUGUGCUCCAAUAAAGUGCUAAACUAAAUCGAAAAUAAGUGAAACUAAGUACUGUUCUGAUCUGCUCUGGAAAGCUUAACUUUUACUCCACCCACCCACUACUUAUAACUUGUAAUUUUAUAAUUUGUAGUUUAUAAAAGAAAAAUGCCUAGAAUAUCGACACAGCUGCUGAUUGUCAUCAUUAGCCUAUUGGGUUAUUACGCACGCAUUGAUGCACAAAAUAUAGAACAAUCAUGUAGUUUUCCUGGAUCCCCAGCGCAUAGUACAGUCGUCUUCUCAAAUGCAAAUCUAACGCAGAGUACGGUUGCUUCCUACUCAUGUGAACGCGGUUUCGAACUGCUUGGUCCAGCGAGACGAGUAUGUGAUAAGGGCAAUUGGGUUCCAGAAGGCAUACCAUUUUGUGUACUCAAUGUUGCAGCCGGAAAAGCACCUAUGCAAAUCUCAACUGAAGGUGCUGGAGCGCCGCAAAAAGCCAUCGAUGGUUCAACAUCCGCUUUCUUCACGCCUGAAACAUGUUCGCUAACAAAAUCCGAGCGUUCGCCCUGGUGGUAUGUAAAUCUGCUGGAACCAUACAUGGUGCAAUUAGUGCGUUUGGAUUUCGGAAAAUCAUGUUGUGGCAAUAAACCAGCCACAAUUGUCGUACGUGUGGGCAACAAUCGUCCGGACUUGGGCACAAAUCCAAUUUGCAAUCGUUUUACUGGUUUGCUUGAAGAAGGGCAACCACUCUUCUUACCAUGCAAUCCACCAAUGCCUGGUGCAUUUGUGUCUGUACAUUUAGAAAACAACACGCCAAAUCAGUUAUCGAUAUGUGAAGCUUUUGUGUACACGGAUCAGGCAUUGCCAAUUGAACGUUGUCCUACAUUCCGCGAUCAGCCACCAGGUGCAUUGGCCUCAUAUAAUGGCAAAUGUUAUAUCUUCUAUAAUCGACAACCAUUGAACUUCUUGGACUCGUUGUCAUUUUGCCGUUCACGCGGUGGUACACUGAUUAGUGAAAGUAAUCCAGCAUUACAAGGAUUCAUUAGUUGGGAAUUGUGGCGUCGUCAUCGCAGCGAUGUUAGUUCACAGUACUGGAUGGGUGCAGUGAGGGAUGGUACUGAUCGUAAUAUUUGGAAAUGGGUUAAUGGUGAUGAAGUAACAGUUUCUUUCUGGAAUCAUCCUGGUGGUGAUGAAGAUUGUGCACGUUUUGAUGGUGCCAAGGGUUGGCUAUGGAGUGAUACCAAUUGUAAUACUUUACUUAAUUUCAUUUGUCAACAUCGUCCAAAGACUUGUGGACGCCCAGAACAACCACCUAACUCUACAAUGGUUGCUUUGAAUGGUUUCGAAGUUGGUGCACAAAUACAAUAUUCUUGCGAUGCUAAUCAUUUGCUUGUGGGACCUACAACACGAACUUGUUUAGAAACCGGAUUUUACAAUGAAUUCCCUCCAAUCUGUAAAUACAUAGAAUGUGGUUUACCAGCUUCCAUACCACAUGGCUCAUAUGAACUCACCAACGGCACUGUAGGUUACCUAAGUCUUGUGAAAUACUCCUGUCAAGAAGGCUAUGAGAUGAUUGGACGUGCUUUGUUAACUUGUGAUUUUGAUGAGCGCUGGAAUGGUCCACCACCACGUUGUGAAAUUGUGGAGUGCGACACUCUUCCUGGCAAUUAUUAUAGCACAAUUAUUUCUGCACCAAAUGGUACCUAUUAUGGUUCACAAGCUGAAAUCAGUUGUCCACCUGGUUAUCGUUUGGAAGGACCAAAAAUGCUUACUUGUUUGGCAAAUGGUCAAUGGAGCAGUGCUUUGCCGCGUUGCAUUAAAUUGGAACCAUCAACAAUACCACCAACUCCAUCAGCAGCACCUACUAUACCAUCAACAACAGCAUUUAGACCCAAAAUUGUAUCUUCAACGAAGCGACCAUAUAAACCUUCACCGACAACAACAACAACAAGCACAACAACACAUGGAACAAGCUCCACACCACAUGUGGAAAUCAAUGGUGAAACUCCUGAAUCAUCAGAUGAAGAUGUCACCUUUGUUGUUCCGGGAACCGUACGUGAGGAAUUCCCACCACGUCGUACGUUACGACCUAUACUUAUUCCAAAGAAAUCCAAUACAACACCUGCAUAUCAAGCACCAACUACCUCAUAUCCGACAACUUCAACAUCUCCCGCCGGUGUACCAACAAAAACACGUCCUAGUUCACCAACUGAAACGACAACACGAGACACACAAACCAUCAUACUCAACGCACAUCCACAGGAUAAUGAAAUUGCCGAUAGCGUCAAUAUACGACAGAAUCAAUCGCCCAAUGUUAAUGUUCCAUUCUCUCUUGAUAAUGCUAAUCGCAAGGAUACCAAGGAAGCCAAAUUGAAUUUGGGUGCUAUUGUGGCUUUGGGUGCUUUUGGUGCGUUCGUCUUCUUAGCGGCAGUUAUAACCACAAUUGUGAUUUUAGUCAGAAGAAAUCGUACAACACAACAUUAUCGCCAUCGUGCCUCACCCGAUUGCAAUACAGUUGCAUCCUUCGAUAGCUCAACUUCUGGCUCCAGAAAUGGUUUAAACCGCUAUUAUCGUCAAGCUUGGGAAAAUUUACAUGAAUCUGCUUCAAAAAAUAGCUCACACAAUGCUUUACGCCGCAAAGAAACUUUGGACCCACCUAGUAUGACACGUUCACGUGAUAACUUGCGUGAAAAUAUGCAACGUUCCAGAGAAAAUCUUGACAGAUGCGGUCGUGAUAAUUACGGUAUGAGAGAUAAUUCAGAAAUGGUUGUAUCAGAUGCAUGCUUAAAAGGGGAAAAGAAACGUCACCAUCAUCAUCAUCAUAAAAGUAGCUCCCGAAAUAGUGAAUACCGUGAUCAAUCUUCAGGACGACGAGAACAUCAACAUCACAGACAUAGUGGCGGACAUUAUUGACCAACUAUGGUCAUCACCAUUAACGUUGAGCAAUGAAAUAUCACAACAACGAUACUAAAUAUAGUUUUCAUAAUAAAUUAGUUAAAUUAAGUUACUAAAAGUUAGUAAAAACAAUUAACACAUAAAGCAGUAGUCGUGAGAGCUAUUUUAAAACUGUAAUUUUAAUUCUAAUCCAAAAGUCAAACAAACAAAACUCUUAGAGAA